GGAUGGUUUUUGAACAAGACGGUUCAAGAAAUACAUAUUGCCAAGACUGUAUUGAAAAGGGAAGACUGAACUUACCAGUAUGCGCUCAAUGUGGACAUCGUGCCCCUGCUGCCGAACUGUAUGGAAUUAGUAAUUACG